CGACCCGGACGCAUUUCGCAGUGGCACCAGCACCACCAUGUGUAAUGACCGUGCGUCAUUCUAAACGUUAAAAGGACGCGGUCAUGUCCGCAGCAGCACGCUGCGCGUUCACGCGUUUUCUACGCCGCUAUUCGAGUCGUGGACAUGCCAGUGCAGUCCUUCUGAGGGCGCGAUCGUUCUGUCUGACGUCGCGUCUCGGCGCCGAUCCCCGGCGGUCCAGCGAUGGCGAGGAGAAUCUGUCGGAGCCCAUCAAGUUCUCCACGAGUAAAGCCAGCCACAGGACGUGGAAGGUGGAGCGCUCGAUGGGCAGCAGGUUCCAGCAGCCGUGGUGGCAUGUCCUGCCUCUGAGCGUGGUCACCAUCGGCUUCCUGGUGUGGUGCGUCUUCCGCGAGGAGUCCGACAUCGACCGCGCUCUGGAAAAGCAGCUGUUCCAACACUUGCCCGGUUUAUUAACCGACAUCGAGGAAGAGGAACCCACAAAGGAACCGGAUGAUGGUUCCGAAUGAACAUGAAUUGUCAUUUCGUGUACAUCGCUAUUAAUACGUUGGUAUUGUUUGGGCUCCUGCAGCUUGGUUUUGAAAUGAGAUCACGCCGGAUGGAGCUGCAGACCUUCGUCACGGACUCGCUGGAAACCAGCUGCUCAGGAUGAUGUUUUUGAGACGGGUCAUACUGAAACACUGUCGUUUGUCAAAAGUACGUCCAAAAGGUCAAAAAGGACGUCCAUCUGUGAUGCUUCCUGUAAGAAGGCGUGGUCUCAAGUGAAAAAAAAUGUACCUGUAUGUUAAAAAGAACUGAUUAUUGUGAUGCUGAUUGGUAACUGCAUAAUUAUUUACUACUGCUUUAAUUUUUUAUCAAUAAAAAGGUGUUUGAGCUGCAUAAGA